ACUGAACGAAAAUGAUCGCUGAAUAUAAAUAUUUUGAAUAUUUUAGUGGAAAGUAUUUUUAUGCAAAUUAAGUAGUUCUACUUAACAAAUUAAUGAGUAGCUUUGAAAACGAAAAAAAGAUUAGAAUCUUGUUUGUUUGUUAUGGCAAUACAUGUCGUAGUCCCAUGGCAGAAGCAGUAUUUAAAAACCUGACUAAGGAAAGGAAUUUAGAAUCGAGAUUUUUUUGUUGAUUCAGCGGGGAUAAGCUCAUGGCAAUCUGGACAGGAACCGAAUGACUAUGUUAAAUUUAUUCUAAAUCGCAAUCAAGUUUCAUUCAAUCACAAGGCUCGUCAAAUAACAGUCGCAGAUUUCAACAAUUUUGACUAUAUAUUUGGAAUGGAUUUCUACAAUGUCCAUGAACUUCAUCAGUAUGCAAGCUCACUAGACAGUAAAAGUGAAAUAGAUAUGUUGGGAAAUUUCAAUCCAGAAGAAGAUAAACUCAUUGCUGAUCCUUAUUUUGAUAAUAAACCUCAGGAUUUUGAGAAAUGUUUCGAUCAAAUUAGUAAAAGCUGUGAAAUGUUGUUAAAAUAUUUCCUAGAUAGAUGAUAGGUUCCUAAAAAUAAAUGAAUAGUGAAGAAAGUGAUAAAUUAAAAAUAAUGGUCAAUAAAUCUUUAACGUCUUUAAAAAUUUUAAAUUAUCAUAAAAAGAUAAAAAAAAAGUUCUCCACUGAACGUAUUAAAUAAUUUGGUAAACACAAGAAAGCCGAAUAUUUAUCAAUAGUUGAUCUUUAACAAUUGAAACAAUGACAGAGAAGAAAGGAAUACUUAUGAUUUGUCUUGGCAACAUUUGUCGUUCACCGAUUGCAGAAGCUGUAAUGAUUGACUGUAUCAAGAAACAGAAGUUAAUGGAACAAUUUGAAAUUGAUUCAGCUGCUAUUGGUCCAUGGCAUGUGGGUAAGAAACCAAAUCAACGUGCUCUUGAUACAAUGAGAAUUCAUAACUUACAAUAUCAUAAUAAAGCAAGACAAAUUAAGAAUGAUGAUUUCAAUAAAUUUGAUUACAUCUUUGGAAUGGACGAUGAAAACAUUGACGAUUUAAAUGGAAUGAAACCAAAAGAUAGCAAAGCUAAAGUACUGUUGCUUGGAGACUUCGAUCCUGAAGGUGAAAGAAUAAUUCGCGACCCUUAUUACGACAGAGACGCAAAAGGUUUCGAAAAAGCUUACAUUCAAAGUGUUCGUUGUUGCGAAUCCUUUUUAAAGAAACUUUUGGCUGGAGAAAUUUAAAUAUUUAUUGAAAUAUUCCAUUUUAAUUUUAUGUACUGAAAUAAAACAUUCUUUUGUGUUAAAAUCAGUC